GUCUAUCCUUCAGGCCUUUCAAUUGUUUGAUCGAUCAAAAUUAAGAUGGCUACCGAGAACAAAAUCUCGUCUUCGCCGGUCGUAGCACUCGCCGACGGCGGCAGCACUGCAGAAGCUGCUGUCGAUGCUGCUGUGGUUCGUGGAGGAGGAGACACUGGUCGACAACGGCCGCGGCGACGACGGCCGGCUGCGGCAGUGAAAGUGAUGGAGAAGGAGGAGGAGGACAUCAACGAGGUGGCAGAGGAGUUCAUCAAGCGUUUCAGGGAGCAGCUCCAGCUGCAGCGGCUCCAGUCUAUCGAGAACUACAACCAGAUGCUCGCAAGAGGCGUCUGAUUAAUUAAUUGAUCUAAUUCUAUGAUUAAUUAGUGCUAGCUUGAAAAUUAAUCUUUAAUAUAUAGUAAUUUGCUAUUGGGUUUGAAUUAAUAUGCUUUGAUGUGUGGUAAUUAUUCGUUAAUUAAUGUUGAUUAG